CGCCACCGUCGCAGAAGCCCUGAUUAAAAGCGUGCAUGUAGCUGCACAUCCAUUGCUGGCAUUUCUUCCGUUAGCCUCCGCUGGAACUGGUUAGUGAGGACCCCUCCACUUCACAAGGCAGCUUCGGUUUUGUUUUGUUUUGACUUCUGCACCCCGAAGCUGAAGGACCAGUUUGUUUUCUCACGGGACUGGGGCGGCUUCCGGGGCGCGGCAUGCUGGGGGUUGUAGUCCGCACUCUCCAGGCUGCUUCCAUUACAGAAGGCGAUGGGCCGAGAGCUGAGGAACUACAACUCCUAGAGUACCCCGCGCCGCCGGGACGCCGCGCGCCUGCGGGGCUGGGCGAGCGCAAAGAUGUCCGCGCCCGCUGCCGGGAGGCGAGGCCACCUCGGGAUAUCCCGGAGCCUCGGGGGAGGCGGUCACUGCGACGUCUGAGGACCUGGGCCUUGGGCCCGGACUCGUUAUGAAGAGCGAUUCCUCGACCUCUGCAGCCCCCUUCAGGGGGCUCGGGGGACCCCUGCGCAGCAGCGAGCCGGUGCGCGCCGUCCCGGCCCGGGCGCCGGCCGUGGACCUUCUGGAGGAGGCGGCCGACCUCCUGGUGGUGCACCUGGACUUCCGGGCGGCGCUGGAGACCUGCGAGCGGGCCUGGCAGAGUCUGGCCAACCACGCCGUGGCAGAGGAACCCGCGGGCACCUCCUUGGAGGUGAAGUGCUCCCUGUGUGUUGUGGGGAUCCAGGCCCUGGCAGAAAUGGAUCGGUGGCAAGAAGUCCUCUCCUGGGUCCUUCAGUAUUACCAGGUCCCUGAAAAGCUACCCCCCAAAGUCCUGGAGCUGUGCAUUCUUUUAUACAGCAAAAUGCAAGAGCCUGGAGCUGUGCUGGAUGUGGUGGGUGCCUGGCUUCAAGACCCAGCCAACCAAAACCUUCCAGAAUAUGGAGCCUUGGCAGAAUUUCACCUGCAGCGGGUGCUGCUGCCUCUGGGCUGCUUAUCGGAGGCUGAGGAGCUAGUGGUGGGCUCUGAAGCCUUUGGUGAGGAGCGGCGACUGGAGGUACUUCAGGCCAUUCACACAGCGAGGCAGCAGCAGAAACAGGAACGCUCAGGCUCUGAGGAGGCCCAGAAGCCAAACCAGGAAGGCUCUGUCUCCCACAAGUUCCUGUCACUACCGAUGUUGGUUCGCCAGCUUUGGGACUCUGCGGUGAGCCACUUCUUUUCUCUGCCCUUCAAAAAGAGCCUCCUGGCUGCCUUGAUCCUCUGUCUCCUGGUGGUGAGGUUUGAUCCAGCUUCCCCUUCCUCCCUGCCCUUCCUCUACAAGCUGGCCCAGCUCUUCCGCUGGAUCCGGAAGUCUGCAUUUUCUCACCUCUACCAGCUCCGCAUCCGUGACUGAGGGUCCCUGCGCACCACAGCCUCUCUGCUCCUCACGUCUGUGGCCACAGAAGCAGAGUGACAGAGCGACACAUCCGCAGGCGCCCCUGGGGAAAUGGGACCAGCCUAAUCUCGUGGAGUGCACUGUGUCUUGCUGCCUGGGUGCCCUCUCCUUUGCACCCUACUUCGGCUGGUUGUGGUAGAUGAUGUGGAAACAAAGCGGGAGCAGCAGGCACAGCACCUCCGAACAGUGCCCUGGACGACCAGAGGCCCCUUGAAAAGGAGGGGUUUGGGGACAGGGACUGUGUCCAUGAAACAUUCCAUCUUCUUGGUGAAGGCAAGGGGUUGGUUCUUCAGGUCAGGAUGUUAAUGGAGCUGGGAGUUCAGAAAAAGCCUGGUGAAGUGAC